AUGAAUAAAUUUAUACCCGAAAAUGAUAAAUGUAUUUUUACGGGGAGUACACUUAUAUUACCCGCAAUUUCAAUUGGUAAUGUACCUCAACUUGCCAUAGAUCUUUUGAUUACAACUUUAAGUUUACAAAGAAUAGGAUUUCUGGAAGAUGAAAAUGUUUUACCUAUUGCUGGCGCUUCUGAGCACACUGCAGGAAAUGGAAUUACUGUUGCGAUUGAAGGCAAGAAAAAAAAAAGAAAUGCUUUCAUUGAAAAUUUAUUGGCAUUUAUUAAAGAAUCCAACUUUUCAAAAGUGAUUUUAUUAUCAAGUGCAGAUGCAACAUAUCGAAUAGAUGAUCAAUUAAUUGGUAUACCCUUAAGGUUCUUGGCAACUUCGGAAAUUCCCAAUGACUUAUUAGAAAAAUCAAACACUCUUGGUUUAAAACUUAUGGAAAAAAUUCCAAAAAAUGAAUAUGAAACAUCAAUUCAGGAUUAUCAUAAAAAACAAGAUGAUGAUCAAGGUUUACCUCAAAUUCCUGGGGGAGGAAUUUCAAAAUAUUUGUUUCAUAAUACGCGAGAUGCAUUCUUACUUUCUGAUUAUACAAAUUCUUUAUUAAAUUUAUCUUCUCAUAAAGAUACAAUUAAAUGGAAAGCUCCUUCAAGUUGGACUAGUUUGUUUGGUAAACCUUUUGAACAAGAAUUGUAUGAAUAA